GUUAACAACUAUAACGGAGUUUCACUCUCUACUUGGUUUGAUUCUGCACUCCUUGUUGACCCACCCAUACAGGAAGCAAGAGAGUUGAAAAAUUGGUUCAAUGCUUUUUCCUUUACUUUUUUCAUAAGUAUACAAUACAACCUGUUCUCAUUUCUUUUUCCUUAUUCCCUCAUUUCAUCGUUCUUUGUGUAAGGCAAUGAGAAAUACUAAAUUAAUUGCGAGCCUAAUUGAAACAAAGGCUUACAUUAAAUACAAUCCUGAACUCUUUCUGAAAGCAGACCAGAAGACUACUUUAAUUAGUAAUAUUUCUCUGUCGCAGAAGGUGCUGGGACUCUUUUGCUGAUUAUCUACUUUUCUUAAAAUUGCGCGUGCAUAUUUAGCUUCUAAUCUUAUAUCUGGUUACCUUUUAGACUGCACUGGUCAAGGCAAACAUCUCUUUUGAAAACAUUUUUCAGAAAUAUUGGUAUAUGAGCUGUGGAAAAUGUAACCGUGCUACUGCAGCAGACUACGGCAUUGAGUUCACCAGCAAUUCAUGCAAAGAGAAGAGCCCUGCUGUGCCCAGAUGCCGGUUCGACAUUGAUUUAAGUGAUGCCAGUGGAGUUAUACCAGCCUCCGUCUUUGGAGACCUGGCAGAGAAACUUCUCACAUUCACCGCCCUUGAAGCAAUGGAUCAUUUUAACCAGAAUCAGGAGCUUCCACUUGAGCUUGUUCACAAUGGCCUGAAAACAAAGACAUUUCUGCUUCAUCUUAAACCAGUCCAGACUCAAUUAGCAGAUGCCAGGCAACGUUAUACGGUUUUGCAUUAUUCUGAACUUGAACAAGGAAUUGAUUCUGCUCAUCCAAUGGAACAACCAGCUGCUUUGCCUAUCUCAGCUGAACACAGAAUUGAGACUGCUCAACUGCUGACUCCAGGAGAAAGCAACUCUGGCUCAAAAGCUCGCCUCCACCUCACUGAUAAGUUUGAUGAAGCCGAAACUGCUGGCGCUGAUGACUUUCUGAUUGCUACUGAGAAUUCCAACAAGAGAACAAAAUUGGGAUGAAUCACCUUUAUCCCUUCUUGGACCGAUGGAAUUUGGAUAUUUUUUGAACUUUUUGUCUGCACUUGUAGAUGCAAAACAGCAGAUUGUUUGUUGCUUUUGAAUGUGCUGCUGCUAUAACUGUAAACCUUUUGCCUUUUGUGUAUCGUCAUCUGUUAAUCAGCUUUUGUAUCAUCAUUUAAUAUUGAUGCUUACUCUUGUAUCAUUGUUCCUGCCAGCCCUCCAAAGAUGAACUGCAAUCUUCGAUCCUGGAUAUCACGAAGAUUUUUGCAAAAAUCUUUGGAUUCCUGGCAAGAAACCUGCUUUGUGCAUCAUGUC